CCGCUACCGCAUCAAACAGAAGAAGGAAGCAUCGGAGUGAAACUGACUGGUUCUCUGUGUGUUCGUUAAGCUGAAUGCUUGUUUGUUCUUCUUUACCAGUUUUAUUCCGGAUUUGCUGAUUUUGCUAGCAAGCUAGAGUCUUCGAAUGAACUAUGACGGGUAGUUAACCAGACCAGCUAACUAGAUUGAGCAAAUCGGUUCAACAGCUGCCACCGUGCUGGGGACGACAACACCCUCAGAACGGGGCGACUGAGAUUCCCUUAUCGCUUGAGAUGUUUCCAACAUCCCGUCUUUUUACUUGAAGACGGUCCCAAAUUAUUCUCAUCUGUCGUACCUGACACAGUCGAGGGAUGCAGAACGUCCUCAAGAAGAAGAAUGAGAAGAAGACUAAGGCCUCUGAACAGGAACAGGAAGAACCGUUAAGGAGGAUCAAAUGGAUGGUCACCAAUUGACGGGAGAGAAGAGGAAUAAAGAACUAACUGAACGUAAAAAGCAACCGGUGACAGAGUUGGAGAAAGAGGUGAAGAAAGAGAGAAAGAAACGUAAAAAGCAAAAGAAGAAUGAGAAUGAGAAACAGAUUAAUGUUCAAGCUGAAAUGGAGGUCCCAGAUCCUGAGGAACGAAUUGAAGGGAGAACAAAGAAAAAAAGUCUAACUAUCUUCACACACAAACGCGUGGGAGACGAUGGAGUGACUGUCGCUGAGGAGGCGACGAGUAGCUGGAAGAAAAAGAAAAACCGGAAUGACAGAGAGACAGAAGAGAGGAUGGACAGUGGCCUCUCAGCGUCUGCAGUAGAUGUCUCAGAUGUAAAGGUGCCAGAGGAAGCCAGAAAGAGUAAGAAGAAACACAAGAACAGACAAACGGAGCUUGAAGAGGGAGCGGAAAGCCGUCAGACAGUUUUAAGAUUAGCAGAUGAUCCUGAAAUCAUAGCGGUUCAGGGAAGGGGAAGUGUGGUAACGGAGCUACAGAAGAAUGGAAAGGAGAAGAGGAAACGAAAGAAGGAAAAAGUUGUAGAGAUUCAACUGAACGUUUGUCCAGAUGAAACAGAGCUCCCAGGUAUUCUAGAACAAACUGAGAGAAAAUGGAAAACAACGACGAGGCUGAAAACACAACCGGAUGGAGGGGCUGUAGAGGGCAGCAGGAGCAAAAAGAGACAUUGCUGCAGAGAGUCCGACGCGGGAAUGGACAGUGUCCCCUCUGAGUCUGAUAACAGGACUCCUGAUGCUGGAUCAGAAUCUGAGACGGGGGAAGAUGGCCCCCAUACAACCGUGAUUGAGACAAGCGCUCAACACCGCCGACGCAUCCAAAACGAUAAAGCUCUAAGUGAAAGCGAAUGGAGGGCUAUGAACGAGCUCAAAGAGUUUGUUCCCAAUGUUGAGUCUCUGUCUGUUUUGAAGAUCAGAGUGAUGAUCAAGUAUGAUCUUGAUCGAUUCAAGGAAUUCCGAAGACAAGGCAUUUCCCUGAGAACUGGACGAUACAGCGCACAGGAGAACAAACAACUCAUGAGUAACAUCAACGACUUCCUGGCUCUCACAGGGAUUGAGAACGCUGCUAAACUCUUCCAUACAAAGCGCUACAAAGACGAAAUGACAAGAAUCCGAAGGUUGAAGAGUCAUCACAGAUUCCAUGAAAGAAUAGCUGAAGGAAUCCCAAGGCCUUGGCAUAAGAUCUAUAGUCGUGGUGGGAGGAAAAUGUUUGAUGGCAGCAGUUACAAGGGCAGAAGAAGGUUCAGCGAAGAUGAACUUUACUCUUUGAAGAAACUGCAGACGUUGCACGGCAACAAUUGGGUGAAGAUCUCGCAGUUGACUGGUCGGAGCGAAACGCCCCUUAGGAAGCGUUUUUCUCAGAUUUUCGCAAACUUAGGUCCUUGGAGCGAGGAUGAACUGAAGAGACUUAUGGAAGCCGUGCGAGACCACCUGCUGGGACAGGUGGAGCCUGGCAGAGGACCUGCCACCAUCAGGAAAGACAAGCUGUACAACAACAUCCCCUGGACAGAUGUAUGUCGGAGAGUUAAGACACGCCACCGGGACCAGUGUAGAAUGAAAUGGUUGGGUGUUAUGGCACACAAAAUGGCGUAUGGACAACCAGUAUUCAGCGGAGGUGUGAAAACCUUAAAGGCUAAAGUGGAUUUGAUCAAAGCGUUGAACGCCAUGCAGGUGGAAGAUGCUACAGAUGUUGACUGGGAAGAAAUUGCUAACACAAUUGGGGGUGUUACUCCUUGCUACGUACAGAUGCACUACCACAAGCUGAAAGUAGCCAAAGUCCCGUUGCAGCAGACCAUGUCUUUCUGUGAGAUCAUUGAUUUUCUGUACAGUAGUGUUCUGCCCAAGUUUGAAGAGCUCCUCCGACACAGUCAGACUGAGUCAGGGGAGAACGAGUCCAGAGAUCUCCACCAGGUUCAGACUGAGUCCAGAGACGAUCCACAAGAACUCUUCCUGCUCUCAGAGAUCUUUGAAACUGAGGACGACUGAGAUUAUUACAGCGAGGUUCAGAACAGUUGAUUAUCAAUCUUUUUUUUUUUUUAUCUCUGCAAGCUUUAUUUUUUUGGAUGUAUUUUAAAAGCCAGCUUUUGAAAAGAGUAUUUUGGAUCUAGAUGGUGAAAAUGCUGGUCGGGAGUUUUCCUUUUCGCAAAUUCACUAAUAAAGAAGUCCUGGAUGCUUUGUUAACAUUAGACAUUAAAAAAUCCCCAGGGGCUGAUCAUUUGAAGACUGGUCUGCUUAUGUGUACAUCCCACCCCUUAUUGCUGGAUUAGUAGCCCACGUUUUUUAUGUAACAUUGUUAUCAGGAAGUAUGUGCUUCCACUCCAUAAGGUUGGGGAUACAAAUAAUCUUGACAACUUUUCAAGACUACCUUGUUUAACUAAGAUUCUUUAAUCCUUGGUUAAUGUACAAUUUUGUUCCUUUAAAAAAAAAAAAUCUGAUAAUUGUAUUCUUAAUAUAAACCAAUCCGUUUUUAGACCUGGGCAUAGUACUACCACAGCAGCCAGGCUAGUUGUUAAUGAUCUUGUCAAUGACUUGGAUGCUAAAAAGAGAUCUGUGCUGCUUUGUUUAUUGACCUGGACUUGAGAGACUGUUGAUUAUUCUGUUUUACUGAAGAAAUGAUCAUGAGUAGACCUGGGAUAUACAGCCUGUUUAUGGUUUCAGAAUUAUCUCAGCGACAGAACUCAGACCAUCUGGAUAGAUGGGGGUUAAAUCUGAAUUAUCUUAGUGACAGAACUCAGACCAUCUGGAUAGAUGGGGGUUAAAUCUGAAUUAUCUCAGCGACAGAACUCAGGCCAUCUGGAUAGAUGGGGGUUAAAUCUGAAUUAUCUUAGCGACAGAACUCAGACCAUCUGGAUAGAUGGGGGGUUAAAUCUGAAUUAUCUCAGCGACAGAACUCAGACCAUCUGGAUAGAUGGGGGUUAAAUCUGAAUUAUCUCAGCGACAGAACUCAGGCCAUCUGGAUAGAUGGGGGUUUAAUCUGAAUUAUCUCAGUGACAAAACUCAGGCCAUCUUGAUAGAUGGGGUUAAAUCUGAAUUAUCUUAGUGACAGAACUCAGGCCAUCUUGAUAGAUGGGGGUUAAAUCUGAAUGUCUUGAGAUUCAAAAAGGUGUUCCUCAGGGUUCUAUUUUGGGUCCAUUAUUAUUCACUUUGUAUAUUAAUGACAUAAGAAACACUGUUAAUACUUGUAACAUUCCUCUCAAUGACACAGUUUUGUAUUCCUGUAACACCUCGGUGCAGCAGGCCAUUCAUGAACUUCAACAUGACUUUGAUUCAAUUCAGAAAUCACUUACAGAUCUUAAAUUAGUGUUAAAUACCAAGUAAAACCAAGCUCAUGCUGUUCUCUAGGUCACGAAAUGUUAACCCUGAAGACCUGCAUAUCUGUGCUAUAAAUGGAGCCUAAAUUGAAGUUGUUUCUCAAUAUCAGUACCUGGGUGUCUGGAUUGAUGACAAGUUGUCCUUCGUAACUCAUAUAGAAAAUUUGACUUAGAAGCUAAGAUCCAAGAUUGUUUUUUUUUUAUAUAUUGAAAUAAAUCAUGCCUUAGUAUUAAAAACAGGAGAAAGAUUGUUCAAACAACGAUUCUCCCUGUAUUGGAUUUUGGUGAUAUUUUUUUUUUACAGGCAACCUCUGUUUUUUAAAACCCUUGGACGCAGUCUACCAAUCCGCAAUACGUUUUAUCGCAGGGGAAAAUUUUAGGACUCAUUAUGUAUUAUGUAUAAAAUGUGGGAUGGACCUCUCUGUCUGUAAGAGCGCUGCAUUCUCUUUUUAUUUACAAAGCAAUCUGACAAACUCUCUCUAUAUGUAACUUUAUUAAUUAAGUUAAGAAUCACAAGUUGCCAAACCCGUUCACAGGAAAUGGAUAACACUGGAGAUACAUUCCAGAUUUGGGAAAAACUGCGUUGUUUUUUUUGUUGCCCCUAAUUUGUGGAACAAUCUGCAGAGUUCACUGCAGUUACAUGUGCUGGUGCCACUCAGGCAGUUGAAAUGAUUGAUUUAGGACCUCUAUGUAGUUGAAUGUGAUUGCUUUUAUUCAUGUUUAUUGUGUGCUGAAUUAUAUUUUAUACACAUGUUUUUAUUGUAAUGUGUACAGGGCUCUCUUGUAAAUAGAUUUUUAAAAAUCUCAAUCUGUUUAAAGGUUAAAUAAAAAAACAAAUACUGUGGAUUUA